AAUUCAGUUCGCUUCUUGUUUCUUGUUUCACACUUGUUAAGGAACACAUGUGAAUUUCUUCAAUACUUAACAAAAUAUUUUUAAUUAUAAGUUAUUCAAACAAUAAGUACAUUUUAUUCAUUACAUUAAAUAAACUAUAACUUCAAAAUGUUUUGGGGAUUAAUUAUUGAACCAAAUAAACGGUAUACUCAAACCGUACAAAGAUCAUUUCAUAUUUCGAUGGCUGCAUUAGAUGCUUCGUCCUCAGAUGAUACUAACGUACAAGUAAUGCUUGGUUUGAACGACAAAAAUUAUUUACUUUGUACGUUGAAUCGAAAUAGUGUUUUACAAACAUCAUUAGAUCUUAAUUUUCAAGAAGGCAAUAAAAUUGCUUUCUUGCAUAAUGGUAAAGGAUAUGUUCAUCUUACCGGAUAUUUUGUACCCGAAGAUGAUCUUAUGGAUGAAUACGGUGAGGAAGAAGGUGAAGCUGAAGAUGAAGAAGUUCCUACAUUAGUUAAAGUGAAAAGUUUAAAAAGAAAAUCUGAAUCAGAAAGCGAUAAAAAGAAAUCAAAGAAGAAAAAAGCUGAAGAUCUUACUGUAUUAUUAAAUGAUACUUUAGAAUCUGAUGAUAAUGAUGACUCUUUUACCUUGGAUAAUGAAGCUUCAAGCGACGAAGAUGAUGAUGAUGAGGACGAAGACGACGACGAUGAUGAUGAUGCCGAAGAAGAAGAUGAUGAUAGCGAUGCCGAAGAUAAUAGUGAUGAAGAAGAUGAAGAUGGUGACGAAGACGAUAGUGAUGACAUGAAUGCACAAGAAAGUGAAGAUGAAGUUGAAGUGAAGAAACCUAAAAAAGAAAAGAAAAAGAAACUACAAUUAAAUGGAACUGCAUCUCCAGACAAAAAGCAAAAAAAUAAAGAAACACCAUCAAAAAAAGGUAAUAAUCAAGAUAAACAAUCACAAGAAAAACAACAAAAUAAUAAAAAGAAUGAAAACCAACAAAAUAAUAAAAAGAAUGAAAAUCAACAAAAGAAAAAAGAGAAAAAUGAAAAAAAAUUAAAUAAUGAAUCAUCAGGUAAUAAUGAUGUUUCACCACAGAAGAAAACACUUGAAGGUGGUGUACACAUAGAAGAUUUAAAAGUUGGAAAUGGUCCUGUUGCUAAGCCUGGUAAAUUUGUACAGGUUUAUUAUGAAGGUCGUUUAAAAUCAAAUGGCAAACAAUUCGAUGCUUCUAAAUCUGGUCCUGGAUUUAAAUUUCGCUUGGGUCGGAAAGAAGUUAUUCAAGGCUGGGACGUUGGUGUAGCAGGCAUGAGAGUUGGUGGACGUCGACGAAUUACCUGCCCUCCAAAUAUGGCAUAUGGUGCUAAAGGAUCACCUCCAGUUAUACCUCCACACAGUACACUGGUAUUUGAAGUUGAAUUAAAAAAUGUUAAUUAAUUUAUAAUUUUGUUUCAUUGCGUUUUUGUAAUUCUAAGUAAAAUUUAAGUAUUGGACCAUUCGGAGUAGAAGUCAAUACAAUGGAAGAAAAUUUCGAAUCCUAAGUUUUUAUCUUUUUUCUACUUAAUGAUUUAAAAAUCCGUUUGAAUUGAUUCAAUGCAUUAUUUAUGAAAAGUAAUUUUGAUCUUCUACCAUGUCUCGUAAUUUACGUUCCCUAAUAAUUAUGUUUUUAACAUUU